UCCUCUUGUCUCUCGGUCUUUCUCAUUACUCCUUUGUUUUAAUCAAUUCAAUUUAUUAAAUCAAAAGACAGUCAACCAAUUGGGGCUAAGAUUAAAGAACUUCAUAAUAUUCAUAAUUGCUACAGACUUUGAGUGGUUGAAUUUGUUUUAUUGCUUGGAAGAAUCACUAAUGGCACUCUCAUUAGAGGACUUCCUUCUUCGUGCCCGAGUAUUGAAACUGUACAGACAUGCUUUGAGAAUCUCAAGGAGAGCACCUUCUCAUGCUAGAGCUGAUUUGAGGCAUAUUAUUAGACAAGAGAUGGAGAAUAACAGGAGUUGUAGUGAAAAACAGAGAAUCCGGUACUUGGUUAGUGAAGGAUUAGAAAGAGUGAAACGUCUGGAUGAGACGCUUGACAUGCAAGGCCAUUGAUUUAAUGUUAAUGUGUAAACUAUAUCGUAGAACUUACAUUUUGCAACCCUAACAAGUCAAAUGUGUGUUGCAUUUUCCUGUAAAAUCAGCAAUUAGAAACAGGGAAUGUGGAAGUCGAAGAACUUAUUCAGAUUAGUCAAAGACAUGCUACAACGUCGGUGCUCAGCAAUAUCUCCAGGGCUUUAUGCAAAUAUCUCGAACGAUCCUCUUGUAGCCAUAUUCUUGUCUACACAGUUUACAUGUAGGAAAGAUGUUUUCUCAAAGAUCAUAUUGAUUAUUUUCUUUUAUGUACUUGGACAACGUUAUUAUUUACUGGUUCAAUGUUAUAGUUUUAUAACAACUACUUCGUGUUCUAUUCUUGAACUGGGAAGGCAACACUUGGUGCCAAGCUGUUAAAUAAAAAUAAUUUGUUUGGUUCCAUACAA